UCACAUCUGAGCUUCGGUUAUACGCUGCCAGCUUGAAAGAGGACAAGAUGAGAGAAUGAAGUCUAGAUCUCUAGUUCUAGUGCUAAACCAGGUCUAAUUUGAUUUAUUGGUUGCAGGACAAAACGUAGAAGAGAAGAUGCUUCCUUUCUAUCUUCUGAGCUUGAUUGUGACAGCUAAAGCAGAGCUUUUGCCAGGCUCCUGCAGCUUUCAGGACAGCAUAUGUGACUAUAUGUCUGACCCCGACUUUCUCAGCUGGACCCUCAACCCUUCUGGACACUUCAUCACAGUCGAAGAGCAAGUCCAGGAGGACCAGGGAAAGGCGGUUCUUUUGGGUCCAGAUGUGGACCAACAGGACUGGAGCUGUUUCAGGAUGGUCUAUCAGGUCACAGGCAGCGCCUCCCUGCAGGUGCAGAAGCGCACAGACGGAGAGAGCUUUGAUCAGGUGCUCUGGACGACCCAAAGCCCAUCUGAAAGCUGGCUCAUCGCCAGCAUUGACCUGCAGAAUUCCACCGAAACGUUCAAGAUUGUCAUUGAAGGCAAACUAGGAGAAGGCGGCAGCAGUGUGUCCAUCUUUGAGAUCAAGAUCUCUGAUAAAUACUGUAUAGAGUGUGACUUUGAAGAAGAUCAUCUGUGUGGCUACACGAACGAGUGGAACAGAUAUAUGAACUGGCGUGUGGGAAGAUCAGAUGACACUGCUCUGAACGAUGGAACAGGUCAGUACAUGUAUGUGGACUCUACUGACACUAAAAGCUUCCAGGAGGUGGCCAAGCUGGUGUCUCCGAUGACCACCGUGCCCAUGUCGGGCUGCUUGAGCUUCCAGUUCCAGCAGUAUCACGCCGGGGACCAUCUGUUCUCCCUCUUCAGCAGGGAUCAGGCCGGACAGUAUCAGGAACUAUGGAGAGCCGAUCUACCGGAGAACAACAACGUGAACUGGAGUCCAGAAACCAGAGUCUGGAUACCUGUACAAGUGGAUCUCAAAGCUCCGUAUCCAAUAGAGUUGGUGUAUGAGGUGGCGUUCAACGGUCCACAUGGAGGACACGUGAUUCUUGAUGAGAUUUCCUUCUCUCCAGAGUUCUGUAAUGCAGGCACAGAGCCAACGUUUGAUCCAUCUAUUGCAAACUGUGACUUUGAGUCAGGAUAUUGUCGGUAUGUCCAGGCACAGAUAGACAGUUCACUGUGGAGGAGAGUGUCUGUCAGACCCAACAUCUACACCGCCGGAGACCAUACGACAGGAGCAGGAUCCUUCUUGUUGGCAAACUCUCGCUUCAGUUUACAGUCCGGAUACGUCAGCCGUUUGUUUGGCCCGCUGAUGCCAGGCGAUCAGAAAUACUGCCUGAAGUUCUUCUACUCCCUGCGAGGCCUCAGUGGAACAGACCAAGUGUUGUUGGCGUAUCUGUAUUACAACAACGGCACUGAACAAGAACAAAUAUGGACCCAGAAUUAUAAGAUAAGAAAUGUCUGGAUUGCAGUUGAACUGACCAUUCAAAGUCAGAAAAAUGCUCAGGUGGUUUUCAUCAGCACAUGCAAAAAUAUUUGGAGUUGUGGCUCUGUGGGGCUCGAUGACAUUAAAGUCACGCUUGGUGACUGUGCACUGUUAGCAUCCUCUGUGUCAGCCCCGUCUCACUGUGACUUUGAGGCUGGUCUGUGUGGAUUCACUCAGGAUAAGGAAGGAGACUCAGGAGACUGGAUGCUGGCCAGAGGACCCACACCCACAUCCUACACAGGGCCCAAAGGAGACCACACCACUGGAAUGGGUCAUUAUUUGCACAUUGAGGCGUCAGUGAUGCUGCCCGGUCACAAAGCGCGCCUCCUCUCCAGCUCUCUGCGCGGCUCUAGAGAAACACAGUGCUUGCAGUUCUACUACCACAUGUAUGGCUCAGGGAUCGGACAGCUGAGCAUUUACCUCCAGACUGGACAAGAGAACCAGGACAAACUACUGUGGACGAGCCACGGAGAGCAGGGCAUCUCCUGGCUCAGAGCAUCAGUAAACUACCAAUAUGACCAACAGCACCAGAUUGUGUUCGAAGCCACUAGAGGAGCAUCAGUAAGGAGUGAUAUUGCAAUCGAUGAUGUUGUUUUUGAAAGAGGACCAUGCAGAGAAUAUGCUGAUGACCAUAUGCCUCAUCUGCGCCUCUCUGGAAAUAAUAAUGAUAUUCAGUCAAUGAAUUUUAAAUAGAAAAGACAGAAAGAGAAAAUUGCUGGGAAAACUGAAACCAUGUGACCGUACAGCUGGAGUCCAGUGAUCUGUGAAGAUGAAAGCAAAGGAGAUGACCGCAUUGUAAGCAGAAAUCAUCACCUAAAAACGUUUCUUGUGUAUUUGACUUUUGAACAUGGUUCAAUCCACAGUUUCUCAUGUGUGUAUCACAUGUACACAUAUACUGUAUACAUGGUUAAUGAUUGAAAUCAUAUGUGACCCUGGACUACAAAACCAGUCUUAAGUCGCUGGGGUAUAUUUGUAGCAAUAGUCAAAAAUACAUUGUAUGGGUCAAAAUUUUCUUUUAUUCCAAAAAUUAUUAGGAUAUUAAGUAAAGAUCAUGUUCCAUGAAGAUAUUUUGUAAAUUUCUUACCGUAAAUAUAUCAAAACUUCAUUUUUGAUUAGUAACAUGCAUAGCUAAGAACUUCAUUUGGACAACUUUAAAGGCGAUUUUAUCAAUAUUUAGAUUUUUUUGCACCCUCAGAUUCCAGAUUUUCAAAUAGUUGUAUCUCGGCCAAAUAUUAUUUGUCCAAUCAUAACAAACCAUACAUCAAUGGAAAGCUUAUUUAUUCAGCUUUCAGAUGAAUUUUGAAAAAUUCACACUUAAGACUGAUUUUGUGGUCCAGAGUCACAUAUUAGGUCACCAUAGAAAGCCUCUAUAUAGAUGUCUUAUUGAUUUCAUUUGUACUUCAGGACAUCAGCAUGUAGUUUUAUGUCAAAUAAAACUGAAAAUGGCAGAGA